UUGUACACAGGGAACUGUUACCGCUUGAGAAAAUCACACACAGAAAUAUCCGUUUUGCAUCAUUAGGAAAAUAAAAGGAGUUAAGUUAUGGCGCUUUAAUAGUAGUUUAGAAAAGUGACAGGUGUGAAGUGACCACUUUAGAACGAUGAUGUCACAUGGGACUAGUUGGCUUCUUCAAGUUGUUUUGUUAGCUCUUCUCAGCUGUUGCUUUGCCAAACGAGGAGGGCAGGAUGUACAUUGUGGAGCAUGCCGUGCUCUUGUCGAUGAAUUGGAGUGGGAGAUCUCACAGGUGGAUCCAAAAAAGACAAUACAAAAGGGUUCUUUCCGCAUAAAUCCAGAUGGAAGUCAGUCAGUAAUUGAGGUUCCAUAUGCUCGGACAGAAGCUCAUUUAAUGGAAGUUUUAGAGCUAGUGUGUGAAAAGAUGCUUGAAUAUGGAGAGAAAACUGAACCAGUCACCCACCGGAAAAGCUACGAGCGCAUUCUCUCUCGGGAUGGAAAAAAGAUGGAUGCUUCUGGGAUCAAUUUUGACAAAGAAGUGAUGUCCAACCUGAAAUUUACUUGUGAGCGAAUUGUAGAGGAAUAUGAGGAUGAACUGAUUGAGUUCUUUUCUCAUGAAACAGAAAAUGUUAAGGACAAACUUUGCAGCAAGCGUACAGAUCUUUGUGAUCAUGCUGUGCAUAUACCUCAUGAUGAACUUUGACUUGUUCUGCAUUAGAAUACUUUAUACUUUUCUACUUGGACCAUAGCUAUUCCAAAAUUGAUUACAGUUGGAGUUAGGGCAAAUGUGGACAGUGAUAUAUUUAAAUUUGUGCACAAGUUAAUUUUUAUUACCCUAAAUGUGAGAGACCUAAUUAAAAAUCAGGACUUUUAUCAGCCUGGUUUAACUAGCGGAAGACAUAUCAAUAUAUUUGUCUGUGUGUUGUACACUCAGGAGUUUCAUCGUUGAAUAGAACAUUUAUUUCUCUGCAAACUUUAUCUUGGGACACUGCAGAACCACAUACCAAGGAGAAACAGUUAAAUAAUCAAAGAGGUGGAUUUGUUCCAGAAACAUGAAACAUAUCAACGCGUAAAGAGCUGGAUCCUCGCGGUAGAAGAUACUUAAGUCCUCCAGACCUUUUUGAUGUACUUUUGGUUCUCAUCCCUUCUGUGCCUCAUUUUAUAUUUAUGAUGAUUUAAUAAAAUUCAGUUCAUGUUGGAAA